AAAAUGAGCAGCGGAGCCGUGCUCGCGGUUCCGACGCGUUUUUCUGCCCUCGAACCAACGAAACCGCAAGUCUGACGCAAGUUACUCUGCACAUAAAUAGAGGAAAUAGAGUAAAUAUCUGCGAAAACUCAUCAGCUUUUGUCUUCGACAGGUACCCCAACGGGUUCGAUUGUAUGUAACGAUAAUCACACCGUCACCAUCACCAUCAUGAAUGUCAUUGACAUUGACGAGUUUAACGAAAGCGAUUGGCGAAUCGACGACAAGGAAGAGUGCGAGCCGACGUUCUCGGGACAAACUGUAACGUACACCAACUUGCUUGUGGGAAACUGUUCCUCAACGUCUGAGGAAAGAGACAAUGAUAUCAUAUACGUGUUCAAAAUCCGUGUACUACCUACAGGCAGUGACCCAAUACAAGCCGUGGACCAUAUGUUCGACGCCUCGUGCGUGUACGUAAACAACGACACGGUGACGGCCAGCUUCAUACCGCUUACACAACGCAGGGACAAUGCCACAGACUCCGCGUUUUUCACCUUUACACUUGACAUUUUCCACGAUGCUAAUUUUAGCACGCCUCUUGUCAACCCAGUUGAGUUGGAUCAAGUGUUAUAUUUCAGGGCCUUAGUUGUGACUUCGAGCGCUUUACCCAACCUUGACCUUUUCAUUCUAAGCUGUCACUCGUCGAAACAAAACGAUCCCAAUUCUGAGGACGGAAAAGUUUUAUUCAUACAAAAUGGCUGUGGUAACAACACUGUGAGUCAAGACGCAGGUGACACAUUAUCGUACGCAUGCGCCAACGACAGCAAACAAGAAAGCUUCACAAUCCAAUCAUUUCGUUACUUUCAAGUUGACGCAGGACUGUCAGUUUACAUGCACUGUGAAUUCAAGGUUUGCCUGGCAGAAACUCCAAAUUCUGACUGCGAAUGUCCAACGGUUGAUGAGUGUAACCCUAACGCAAGAAAAAGGCGGUCAUUAUCAGAAUCUGUGGUGUAUCGCGUCACGACGGGUCCUUACUAUUCUAUGAGAGAGGAACAAGAAACAGACGACAAUGAUCGUUUCCACGAGGUAAGAAACGAAGACAAUGGACCCUUCCACCUCAAUCUGACAAUCAUUUUGGCGGUCAGCGGCGUUGUAAUAUCAUGCAUUGCAUGCCUCACUGCGUUCAUAUUUAUACGCAAGCGUCAAGCGCGUUUUUCAGUCUCCGAGAAAAACGAGGCGUGUGACAAGCAUGUAAAAACUUGAUAGGAGUGCCAGAGCAUUUCCUCUAAGUACGAUGCUUGUAUAGUUACAAGACGCUUUUGCUCUCCUGUUGGGCGUUUGCGAUUGAAUCAGAUCCUAAUCUUGUUAAACAAGUGAAAAAGAAUUAAGAAUCGGUUGAAAAUGGUGACGCAAGCUGAUAAGAGCAGGCGUAAAAGACUGUAAUAGUCAAUAUACCCAAAAAAUAGAGAAAGCGCAAGCAAAAGGGCUAAAAUUUUAUAAUAAUAAUAAUAAUAAUAAUAAUAAGAUAUUUAUUUAUCCCGAUAAAAAACCGAUCAGCUGAACCUGAAGGAGCAGCUGAGAUCAAUUAGCAGCUGGUAUCCUUGUAUGCCGUUUUCGCGUUUCGUUUCCGUAUCAUUUUGUAUUGUUGGGUGCUUCAUUUUUGUAUGGAGUCUUGGAAUUGUACUAACGUAAACUGAUUCCUAGUCUUGUGAGAGCCAAACUGACAGCUAUAAGAGAAAUAUACCUGGCUAUCACACAAUUAUAGAUAUGCAUUAUAGAUAUUUACCGACUACAUGCAUCUUGAAUAGUUAUCACAUGUAAGAUGCCUAUUUGGGAACUCUAGGAAUAAAACCUGUUGCCUUUAAGAGUAAUUAUCAAGAAAUCAUGUGUACUUUACAAAUAUACCUUCCUUCACUGUUUCGUUGAGCUUAUCAUUUAUUGAAAUAAUCAGUAACAAUUACAAUUUUCUAAAUGUGAUUGGUGCAUAAGCUGCUGGACAUCGCACUAAUUGAUCUGCAAAGCUGGAAUGGGACAAUUGGCUGUAAUCGGGCACCUGUAAUCAGACAGUUACACAAGCCAAUCAUUUUAAGUCUUCUCAACUAAAUACACCAAUCAUAACAUUGAUUACAAUCACCAUAGUAACCAAUUCAACUGAGCGACUCUAAAAUCGUCGAGGCUUAACUCCGCGCCGGUGGCUGUUUUCAAAGAAACUUAACAGUCGUUUUUGAAGCUAUUCUCCAUAUUUUUUUCUAAAAUUGUAAUUAUCAUAUACAAGAAUGACUAUUAAAAGCUAUUUUUUGUAUGAAACGUUUACUUUUAUGGGAAAUUGUGAUGGAUACAAUUAAUUGGUAAGAGGACAUCGUGUCUUCCAAUUCAUAAUGGUAAUAGGACUGAGUGGAGUCCAAUUCGGUCUGUAAUCAUACU